AUGGUUGGCUUCAUUCACUUCGCCCUCGCUGUCUCAGCAAUUGGCCGGACAUUCGCCGCUCCUGCCGCUGAGUUCGUCGGACCUGCGCUGCAGGCCGGUCAUCUCGUGGACCGUGCACCCGGUCCCGAUCUCCCCGACUUUGAGCUUGGAGGCAAUCAUCUCGCUCGCCGCCAGGACUACACCCAGAACUACAAGACUGGUGGCAAUGUCAAUUUCCAGCCCGGCUCGAAUGGAUACUCGGUCACAUUCUCUGGUGCGCAGGACUUUGUCGUCGGAAAGGGCUGGAAAACGGGGACGACGAGGAACAUCACCUUCAGUGGUACUACCACCGCAUCGGCUGGCACCGUUCUCGUCUCUAUCUACGGCUGGUCGAGAAGCCCCCUGGUUGAAUAUUACAUCCAGGAGUAUAGUAACGGCAACGGAGCGGCGCAGGGCUCCAAGGUUGGGACACUGGAGAGCGACGGGUCCACUUACGACAUCUGGAAGCACCAACAAGUCAACCAGCCAUCUAUCCAGGGCACGACAACCUUUUGGCAGUACAUUUCGGUCCGGCAGCAGAAGCGCCCCAGCGGUGGCACCGUUACCGUCGCUAACCACUUCAACGCCUGGGCCAAGCUUAACAUGAACUUGGGCUCAAUGGACUACCAGACUCUUGCGACUGAGGGCUGGGGUAAUGCUGGUGGCUCCUCCACGUACACUAUCAGUGGCUAA